CAGCUUCUGCUCACUACCUUGUCAAUACGUGUCGGGAGUCACGUAUUGACAAGGUAGUGAGCAGUCCCUGGUGGGCGGAGUCUGAUAUCAGACUCCGCCCAGCCAGGGACUUUCAGGCCCCCUAUCUCCAUUCAGAGACAACGUUAGAAGACCGGACCAAUGCAGAUGCCCCUUUUAUGGGGCUUACAUUCAGAAUCGACACUAAUCGGAGGGGGUUAGGUUUAGCCUGGACACUGCCUUUAAGCUAUUUUACAAAUGUCCACGGUGAAAAACAACGUUUCUUCGUCGAUUUUCGCUCCCGGGGUAUGAGCACAACAUUUUUGCGUUCUUGACGCGCAUAGGAUGUACCUGCGGACUCUGUGCAUCUCUUUUGGCCACACUCUUUUUCCGUCAUGCCAGAUAUUGACACGGUAGAAAGUUGUGAGAACCACAUCGCUGUGUUACGUGAGGUUUGAAGAAGAACUCCGCAAGAAGCUCAAUGUCCUACAAAGAUCCUACCACGAGGCCUACUAAAUCGCUUUCUUAUGCAGUGAUUGGUCUCAAUAACGCACGUGAUAGUCGGAACCUUUUUCAAUUUCUUAGAGCAAACGGUUUUACUGACGUGUCAAUCUCUUCGGAUCGUCCGCAAGCCAAGCAAAAAUUCGAUGUCCCGUUCUAUGCAGUGGAUCACUGUGCCCCAGGUCCUUCUUUUGAAGCAGCUGCAAAGAACAUCAUUGCGGAACCUCUGCCAUAUCCUGAUGCAGUACAUAUGAUUGAGCAAACACUUGAUAAAGUAUGCGCAUGCUCAUGUUUAUUGUGUGGCGAUCAUCGUCAUCUGGUGGAAGCAAAAGCGAAAAAAAGAGAACAAUAUACCAUUUUCCUGGCGUGUUUGCUCAUCCAAAAUCAUAUUGACCUUGAAAAGGCAGUCAAGCUGUACAGAGGAAUGCUUAGCGCUCGCAGACGUGUCUGUCAAGAACACUAUGUCAAAGCGGCGGCUUUUAUUGGUCGCAAAAUCAAAGAAGUAUGUGGACAUUUUCCAAUAUAUGGCUUGAAUAGUGUAUCGACCAAAAUCAUUGAAGUUGCCACGAUACCUCUACACAUGUUUGCAAGUUGCAUCGACAAGGGGAUUGUUUUGGGAACUCACGAUGUCGUAAGAUUUUUCAAUGAUUGCUUGAAGAAGUACUUCGAUGUUGAUGGUUGGAAUGAUGAAGAGAUGAACAGAGCAAGGGCGAACAGUAGAUCUUAUGAAAUCGGUUAUAAAAGAGCGAAUCGGGUGAGUGCUGUGGACAAAACGUUACCAAAGGCUUCGUCAAACAAAAGGCAAGCAUCACCAUUAUUCGAACCUAAAGAAGAAAAGAGGCCAGUGUCUGCCGACUUGGCGGUAUCCUCUGAGCCACCUCCUCUCUUCAAAGAUGAGAAAUUGGAUGUGUUCUGUUUGUCUGCAGACGGAAGAACUACACAUCCUGAAAAUCCCGAAAAUGAAAGGAAUAAAAAACCUGAAAACGAAAGGCGUACAGAUCAUGAAUACGAAAGGGUUACGAAUGUUGUAAGUGAAAGGGGUGCAAAUCCCGUGAACGAAAGGAAUGCAAAUUCUGCAGACGAAAGGGAUACAAAGUCGAGCAUAGAUAAAUGUGAGCCUACAAGCGCGACAGCGGCUUGUAUCCGUGCAAUCGAGUAUGGCAUGGCUGAUGUGGAUACACUGUCUGACGAGCGAUUUCGGCACCGAUUUCGAAUGUCACGAAGUUCCUUCAACAAAGUGUGUGCGGCUCUGGACCCGCAUCUGAAAAGGCGCAGUCCUGCGUCUACAAAAAGUCCUACGCCUGUCAAAGUUGGCACGGCCUUGGAGAUCCUAGCUGGUAACACCAAAGUUCUGAAUGGAACUUUCAUGGGUUCCGUUGUCACGGAAAUCUUCAAUCAAGUGCUGGAUGCUUUAUCUUCAUGGUCAGGAACUGUCAUUUUGUGGCCUACACCUGUCGAGAAGAGCAACAUUUCAGAGAAAUUUUUCGAAGUAACAGGCUUGCGAGGAGUAGUGGGCUGUCUAGAUGGAACCAAUGUUUUCAAACAAAGCAGCAAAGGAAAAGCGAUAAAUGUCGCAGUAGUAGUGGACUAUCAUAAGAAGUUCCGCUGGGUAGUGGCGAAUUCUAAAAUGGAUGACGAAACAGCCUUCAAACGAAGCUUGCUGUGCGCGCAAUUCAGGAACGGCACGAAGAUGGGUUAUCUUAUAGGAGAUGAUGAUUACAAACCCGAGUCUUUUUUGUUGACUCCAAGUGGAAGCUGUGAAGAAGGAGAUCCUUUGGCUGAUGCACUACGCAGUGUACAUCAAAUCGUUGAAGAGACCAUUGCAAACUGGAAAUCUCAAUUUCCCAUUCUAACUAGUGAAAUAGCACUAUCUUCUAAGGUUGCGCGUAUCAUCUUGGGAACUGCGGCGCUGUACAAUCUGACACGAGCUGAAGGAGAGAUUCCAUUUAUAGCUAAUGAAGGAGCGGAUUUGCCACAGUUAGUGCCACACUGAAAUGAGCUAUCUAGGACGGUAUUAAUCUCCUGAUCUUGUCGCCACUGCCCUGCAUAUCAACUCGAUGACGUACGCAAACAUAGUCCAUUCUGAAUCUUUAUAGCACAG